AUGGCUUAACAAUCAGUUGAUUUGAAGUCAAAAGUUGAUGAAUCAAUAAAAGGAGAUGAAACAAAUGAACCUUAAUAAGAAAAGGAUUCUAAUUAAGAUUAAGAUAAUAAAUAAGAGAAUAAAGAGACAGAAAAAAAUGAAAAUAAAAAUGGAGGAGGAUAAUUAGAAUCUUUAUUUAAAAAUAAUGGAACCAAUUUAUUUACUAAUUUAGCAAUGACAGUUAAUUCAAGUGGAGGUUUAUUUGGUUCAACAAAACCAAGUUCAGGAUUAUUUGCAAAUUUAAAUCAAUAAGAGCCAAUUAAUAAUGGGAUUGAUUUAACAAAACCUGGUCCUUCUUUAUUUGGUAUAGAUUAUAAAAUUCCAAAAUCAGAUGAAAGUGAUGGUGGAGAAGAUGCAGGUAUUUUUAUUUAAAAUAAAAAUUUAGGAGGUGAAGAUGAAUAAAAACCAGAAGAUGAAGAACCAAAAUAAAUUGAAAUGAAAUAUGAUUAUUCUACAUAAACAGAGUAAUUACUUAUUGUUGAGAUUGAAAAAUUUAGAAAAAAUGCUAAUGAUGUUCUAGAAAAAGGUACUAUAGCUUUAGAAAAAUCAAAAGAGAAGGAUACAUUUUACUUUAUUUAUAGGUAUUCAUAAAGAUUAUUAUAAACAGGAAUUAAAUUUAAUAAAUAUUGUAUACAGGACAAUUAUUUAAAGGAAUUUCAGAUGUUAAACCAUUAGGAUCUAAAUAAGAAAAUAUAAUAAUAAGGGCAAUUAGUAGAAAAUAGAAAACUGAAUCAUAAGAAGAUAAAGAUUCUAUUUAAAUCGACACUCUUAAAGUCAUGUUUAAAGAUAAAGAGAAAGUAGAUUUAUUUAAGGAUAAAAUGUAAAAUAUGUUUAAUUGA